AUGCCGCUCUCCGUGACGCAACGUCGCGCGGCGGUGCGGCAGUUUGUGGCGGAGCAGCAUGGACGACCAGAGGACAAACGUCUGGAGGGUCCUCAGGUGCGAAAGAAAGCGCCGGAGGCCAUCCUCAUGUCGCCCUACAACGACGAAGCCACCCUGAAGCGCCAAGCCGCCCUGAGUCGCGUGCGGCAGCGCCGCGCAGAACGCUUCGGUGCCACCGAGGCACCGGCAGCACCAGCCGUGGUGCCGGUGGUGCCGGUGGUGCCGGUGGUGCCGGUGGAGGAGCCACCGGCCGCAGUGGGCGCCUGGUUGACCUGUCCCGAGCCCAAAGUGCCCAAAGACUUUGCCAGAACGGCACCGGCUGCGAUGCACUGGAAGAACUUGGAGCCAGUCACCCCCGUAGCAUCUGAAGAGGAGGACGACGUCGACGAACCGCUGGAGCCAACGGGAAGCGCCGUGGGUCCCUCAACGGAGGAGAGCCCAGUUGAUGGUUGGGUGCCGCCUCCCAAACCUGCGAUGCCGGUGAUGCCAGGUCCCGCUUCGCACCUUUGCGGCGCGGAGAAAACGGCGGAAGCCCUGGCGCAGCUGGCGCAGGCACAAGGCCCUCUGACCAUGACUGCCAUCCCUGUCGUGUCGGCUGGCAAGGUGCAGCCAUUGGAGGCGGCCGGAGCCUUGUUGCCAUUCUUCCUGAGCAACGGAGUGCCGGGCUACAGCAAGGAGGAGAAGGCCAAAGCGCUGAGUUACGCUGCUGUGGCGCCACAGGCCGCCAAGAAGUCGCUCCACCGGACGUUGGCAGCCCUUCCCAGGACCAGCGCUCGUCGCGCCGUGGACGCCAUGGAGAGCAACUGA